AUGACUACUCUAGUGGCGGCUUGGCGGUCGUUUCUAGUAAUUAGCAUGGGCAACGAGCACUGGCGACGGUUGAGCAAGCGUCUCGCUGCAACGGGGGCGACAGAUUAUGAGCACGACGCUGGCUUCGCAUUUGUGCGAGAAUCGAAGAGAAUUAAGACGGACAAGACAGAUGAACCGAAGCCGGAAGCAGUGCCGAAGCCAAAGGCGGAGCCAGUGAAGAAGUCUACAAAGGGACGACCUGCGGCAAAGCGACGCGCUGCUCAGGCACCGACGACUAAUGGAACGAUUGUGGAGGAGGAGCCGCCCGAGAAAGAAACGCACGCGACGACAAAGCCCACGACGAGGAAGAGCAGCAGACAAAAAGCGAGUGUUGACGCGUCGGUUGAGCGAGAAAUCAACGUCCCUAAGAGACCAUCGACCAGGAUGAGCACGCGACGAUCUGGGGAAGGACAGGAGAAAGAAGCUCUUCAACCAGCACCAGCAUCCAUAUCAGAACCCGAGCCUGAAGCAGCACCAACUUCCCAUGUCAAUGCAGCGCCUAAGAAACGCGGAUCCCGCGCAAAACCUUCUAGACCGCCUCCGGACUGGGAUAAAUCGCCACAACGCAAACCGCCUGUGCAGUCAGCCACAAUUGCUCUGCCUAUGAGCGAUACGCCCAUCAUUAACAGAAACAAGGAGAUGCAGAAGAAGGGGGGUAAUAAAAAUAAGCGGAGCAGUUUGGGUAACCGUGGAAGAAGGGCGAGCUCUUUGAUCGAGAGCGGCCAAACAGCAAUACCCCACCGGGAUGUCAACCCGACGGACUUUUACAAACACAUUGAAGCCGAAGGCUUGAUAGAGCCUCGGCACUUCGAUCUAUUAGAUCUAAACGAAGGCAAGAUCAGAGGAUUCCUGGCAGACGAGACAGUAUCAUUCGACGCUAUUCGGUCUCAGACUGAAUCAAGGUUGCGGACUAUUCAGUCGUUACUCGAGUUUCAGGUCGACCAACUCGCCGACAACGUUCACAAGCUCGAGCAGCAGGUUCUGGUUGCGGCUAAAGAAGCAGAUAAAGUCCUUAGUGCUAGUGCCCUACGACUUCGACAACGUGACAAGCGGGAGAAGGCGAGCGCAAGAACAAAGGAUAUGCCAGUCAUCGAGGUUCUAAGGAGCCUAGGGAAUAUUCUAUCUGAAGGAGUGAUAACCAACAAAAUCUUGCGAAACCUCCGCAAUGGUUCGGAGGAUGAAUGGGGCCGCCAUGUGAGACGGCACUUGCCAAGGUGCUCCAUGCCAACUACCCGUAUGAGCUUUGGGGCCAACCAACCUCCUGACACGAUUCGACAGCUAAUACGUCGUUGGCUUACUGACCAAGAAGCCAACUAUACUUUAUCGAGAUUUCAAAAAGUCUGCAUCCCAAACCGCUAG